GUAUUAGAGCCUUGAUGGGUGACGUUUAAAUCGUUAAGAUGCUGAUACAUGGAGUUGUCUUCUGAUAGUUUCUGAGCUGAAAAGGCAUUAAAGUGCAAUCAGAUAUGGCGAGUUCUGACGUCAACAAGUCGGCAUGGCAUGGACUUGUAAACUGGGCGUAUGACGGGGUAGAUUACUCGCUGCCGGGAAAUGGGGGGGAGGAGUGUGUGAAUUUCCUGGACUUGCGCCAGCGUGUGUGGGAGUCCGCCUUUGCGUCUUGUUUCGCGUUCAUCGUGAUGAUUUGGGGUUACACUAAAGUACAGUUACCUCAAGUGAAGACAGAGAACUAUGUGGAGCCGAUAAGUAAAAGGAUAUUGCUUGUCCUCAUGUGUUUGACAUUCGGCACGGAACUGGGCUUUAAGUUUGCCACAAGACAGAUGAUCUGGAUCUUGAAUCCUUGUCACCUGGUUACUAUGCUUCAGAUCUUCCUCCUGGCUGCUCCUCCCUGCAGGGUGACAACCGUGGUGUUUCGGUUACACAUGCACAUGCUUGCCGGAGCCUCUAUUGCCUUAUUGUUUCCUGUCAUCAACACAAGACUGCUACCAUUUGAGACCUGUGUAUAUUAUGUGCAGCAUGUUCUAAUCGUCACAGUUCCUUGUUAUUUGAUGAGCUUGGGAGGCGCCUACACCCCAGAGAGACUUGGUGACUUCAGCUGGUCAGGGGUAUCCCUGGGCAUCCUCUUCCUCUACCACUUUCUACCCCUGCAGUGGCUGGCUGUGGUGAGCCAUGUAAACCUCAACAACAUGCUAUGCCCGGCUAUCUCUGACCCGUUUUACGGCCGAUUUUAUCGCGUCUGCGCUAUGACUCAUCAGAGCAUUCUGAUUCCAACCCAUGGGAAACUCUACACUUGGGUUGCCAGUCUCUUCUUGUCUAAACAUUCCAUGGAAGCCACAGAGGAGAGGUCUCAAAAGGGGAGUAACUCUGACACCACCUCACACACAAUAACAAAGGAGAUCAGCAAUGGAGGAGAUGCAAAGUACACCAAAGACAGCAAACUAUGUAACGGGCACACAAAACUAGAAUAAUUUUCAUGUGUGUUUCACUGCAAUUUUUUGUUCAUAUUAUUUCUUCCCUGUUUUAAAUGGGAAGCCUUACUCAGUGCUUUAUUUUUAGCUACAUGUAUGGUACCAUGUAAUUUUGACAGUAUUUUUCUGUGAGUUAUGUAUUUGGUGGUUUUAUUGUACUUUAUAUUGACCAACAAGCCCCCUAGUCCUUCUCUAAGAGAACAUACAUAGUUUAUAAAUAAAUUGUGUUGUUUUUUCAACAUUCAUAUGAAUUAGCUUUUUUGUCUUACAUAAUUAUUACAUGUACCUCAGUAGGACAAAUUAUGACAGAGACUAUAAAUUGAUCGGAAUAUUUCUUGCAAAUUAUGCUCAGAAUUCAGAGUUUAAAAUUUUAUAACCAAAGUUUUAAUGGUAUGGAUUGAAGGCGUGAAUAUCACAGAUGUGGAGAUUGAGUAAGAUUUUAUCAGGAAAUCAUAUAAUAUAGGGCAGAGAAGCUGACAUUUUUCGAGUGAAAAUAUUUAAUGUUUAUCUUCCUUUUUCAAAAAUGCAACAAAAUUCCUUCAGAUGUUUUGAACUUUCAUUUGCAUAUGAAGUGUGAAGUCCAUGGUUCCAUUCCACAGGGUUUUGGUACUGCUAUCAGAUGUAUUGUUGAUAACAUGAAACUAAUGAAGUGGCUGGUGUCAUAAAGCGGACCAGCAAAAAAUGUAUUACUUUCAGCUAAUUGGUAUGAUCAGAAGUGAAUAACAUGUUCGUGGUAGUAUUAGUCUGAUACCAGGAUGUAACGGGUAUACAUUUACAUGUACUUAAUGCCUUUUUGCAUGAACGAAUCACCCAAGUCAUGUGUUCAAAUGCAAACAAAUCAAGGAGCAGCCAUCUUAUUCAAUCUGAUUUUACACUUGACAAUCAUGUUUGUGACAUGAUGAUUCAGUAUUUGUCACAGGGUGAGUCUGUUGUAGAUUGACCAAUCAGAAGUUCUCCUUUAGGUGAUAUUUACAUAGUUUGUUUUAGCUAUGAAAUCCUAUUUUGAAGUUUGAAAUGGCGUUCAAAGGCAGGCUGAAUGCGCUCAGCCAUGACUGACAUGAUGCUUAUACUAGUCAUAUGCUAGUGGGGAUUUGUGGACACGUAAGUUUUACAAGUUACUAAUAACAGAAGUACACAUAUCUCUUCCCAAAGGUGUUUGAAAUGUUUUCAAGGGCAUGUUGUUGAAUUUUUAAAAAUAAUAUUGAAAUGGAGAAGACAUAUAUUUCCUUGAGUCGAACCAUUAAACUCUAGCUUUUAGUGAGGCUGGCAAACUCUGCCAAUCAUUUGCACAAUUAUGCGUGGUUAAAAUGUAGCAUAAAUAGAAACCAUUUAAGAAAAAUAACAGCUGUUCAGAUCAGUUUGUGUUCUAACAGUUAACAUGUUUGUGCUCUUUGCGGAUUACAGUGUUUGUUUCAUUUAGAAUAUUGGGGUAGACUAGAAUUUUGUAAACAGUAGUUCAACAGUUUGCAAUUUUUGAAUGACCCAGAUCACCUGGGAUUUCUCUGAGGGUGCCAAGGAUUAUUUAGGAUUUGAGACGAUCUUUUCUAAUUUACUAAAUUUUGGUCAUGUUGGCUGGAAAAGGCAAACUAUCUAUACCAGAUACUAGUAACACCAAAGCAUACAUUUUGGGAGCAUUUUUGAUCUGAAU